UCUCGAAAUCUCAGAACGGUGGCGGCUGGGAGCCAACUGGGAAGGGCCCCCUUACAUCCCAGCACCAUGGGGCUCUGCGGGUGGGCGAGGAGGAAGUCUCCCCAACUCCCCCCCAAACCCUGAAUCCCAUCUCCACGGGGAGGAGACGGGGCGCUUGAGCCGCCUACCUGCCCCGAACCCCAUCCCCCCAGUGCGCCGUGUGCGCGCGGAGGCCGCUAGCUCCACCUCAGCGCACCCAGCCCUGGCACUAACGGGCAGCAGCUUCCCUCGCAGGUGGCGGAGGCUCGGCCCCUUUAAGGCCGAGGCUGCCGUAACCCGAGCCCGCAGUGAGUGGCUUGUCGCAGCAGCCCUCGGAGCUGCCGCCACCCGCUGCCCCCGGAGCAUCCUGGGUGGCAGGCAGCGAAGGGCUCUCCCCGCAGCGCCGGCGGGGAUGGGGGAGGAGCUGCGGCCACACUAGCCCCCGUCUGGCCUCCCAGCCCAGGCUGAAGAAUAAUGGCUACCUUCAACAAACUGAUUAUUGGCACUGCUGUUACCAGUUUUACCAUAUUUCAGCUUCUGUUCCAUGUUCUAAGUUCUUGGGCAUCAACAAGAAUAACUCCUGCUUUUAAUAAUCUCAACCAAAAAAGGAAGAUUGAAUGGAAUUCAAGGACAGUAUCCACAUUCCAUGCCUUGGUGGUUGGUGCUUUUUGUGUAUAUAUCUUGUUGUAUGAUGAAGCUGUUAAUGCUGACCAUGUCUGGGGUGACCCUUCAAUUGUGAAACUGAAUAUUGCUAUUACCACAGGCUACCUCAUUUCUGAUUUGUUUCUUAUUACUUACUACUGGAAGGCAAUUGGUGAUAAAUUUUUUGUAAUUCAUCAUUUGGCAGCUCUGUAUGCCUACUACUUUGUACUGGGUGAAGGAAUGUUGGCAUAUUUUGGUAACUUUCGUCUGCUUGCAGAGUUCUCUACUCCUUUUGUGAAUCAGCGGUGGUUCUUUGAAGUGCUGGGGUACCCUAAAUCUUCAAAAGCCAACAUCAUCAAUGGGGUGCUGAUGACGAUUGUGUUCUUCAUGGCGAGGAUUGUAGUCAUGCCUGUUUAUUAUGCCGACGUCAUUUCUGUGUUUGGAACAGAGGCUUUCCACAGAGUAGGAGUUGCAGCCCAAAGCGCCUGGAUUAUCUCUAGUGUUGUCUUGGAUGUGAUGAACUUGAUGUGGAUGGUCAAAAUUACAAAGGGAUGCUACAAAGUAAUUUCUCUCAUUGGACAAGAGGAAGUCAAAAUGCAUGUAAAAUUUUUUCUCUUCAAAUCUGAUCUAAACUUAGAAGUUGUGAUGGGUUUGUCUGCUUCAUCUCCAUCGGUUGCCGUUCAGUCAGCAAAUGUAUCUGUACACCCUCAGACAGCAUCUCCACCUUCAGAAUGUCCCAUGCAUCAGGAAAAAAUGGAAGGUUGUCCAAUGCACAUGAAAUCUCCUGACCAAGGUGCUGAGAACCAAAAUAAUAAUGUUCCUGCACAUCAAGAACGAGCAUAUGAAUAUCUGGAGUGUCCUAUGAAAUCUAGUACAUCUCAAAUGAAAGAUGGCAUAGAUCCUAGAAAUAUGAUGCCACCACCUAAUCAAAUGCCAUCCCCAAAUCAACCAUUUCCACUAUCAACUAUCAGAGAAGAGUCUUCUAUUCCUAGAGCGCAUUCAGAACAAAAAUGGGUUUAUCCGUCAGAGCAAAUGUUUUGGAAUGCUAUGCUAAGGAAAGGAUGGAGGUGGAAAGAUGAUGACAUAAACCCCAAAGAUAUGAAUAAUAUUAUCAAGAUUCACAAUCAGAACAAUGAGCAGGCUUGGAAAGAGAUUUUAAAGUGGGAAGCUCUUCAUGCUGCGGAAUGCCCAUGUGGACCAUCGUUGAUCCGUUUUGGAGGUAAAGCUAAGGAGUAUUCACCCAGAGCCAGAAUACGCUCAUGGAUGGGAUAUGAACUUCCUUUUGACAGACAUGAUUGGAUUAUUGAUCGUUGUGGGAAGGAAGUCAGAUAUGUUAUUGAUUAUUAUGAUGGUGGUGAAGUAGAUAGGAAUUAUCAGUUCACCAUCUUGGAUGUCCGUCCUGCAUUUGAUUCUCUCUCUGCUGUGUGGGACAGAAUGAAAGUAGCUUGGUGGCGUUGGACUUCAUAACUACACUGAAACUGUAUUUUCUCAAAUUGAAGAUGAGCUGCCAUUUGAACUUUUAAAUAAAGAUCAUAGUAACUGCUUAUCUUCAUUAACGAACAUUGUCCUUAUCUCUGGGGGAAAACACUAUGCAGUUUGUAUGAACAGAUUCUUUAUACCAUCUAUAAUUUAAAAGUAAAGUACAUGCUUUUCUCUUUCUAGGUUUAUUUCAGUGUUCAAGUUCCCUCAUAGCUGGAAAAUCUUGUGUGUACUUUAGUCAAUUAAAUCUAAACUACAUAAGAUUAGUGAUUCUCACAAAGUGCCAGGCACAAUGGAGCCUGACCCUGAUUGAGCCUUUAGGCACUACUACAAUAUACUGUAGAUAACAAAAAAAGUGGGAGUUUUGUAAAUGGUUUUUACUUGGUCAUUAAAAGUGGUACAUGGAUACCAUGAUCGUGGGUGUGGUGUAAAAGUCUAGGUAGAUAAUUUAUUGUUGCAAACUAAUUUAUAUAUAGUCCAUAUCUAAAUCUGAGAUUAUUUCAGUUGGACUAACCUGUUUAAAUAAAAAAUAUGGCAUGUGAAUAUUUUUAAAGGUAUGUUAAACUGAAACUAAUGUAGGAAGAGUUGUGCCAUUAUUUCCAACAGACUUUUUCUAAAAGAAAAGCAAUUAAUAAUUUGAAACAGUGUGAUGGUUACUUUUUUCUUUUAAAAUGCCGCUUCUGUAUUGUAUUCCAAAAAGCAGGAAAUAAAAUGGACAUUUCAGAGUAGUUCAGUUUCAUUUUUGAAGUUAUGAAAAAUCCAUAGUGUUUGAGUUAAUUGAAUAUAUAUUUAAAAGCCCAUUGUCUUCAGUGGGUGUUACAUGGACACAGUGAAAAGCAGAAUUAAGUUGUGUAUGAAACUUUAAUUUUUGUGGUGAGUAACUGCCUCUCAAAGAAAAGAUGAUGAUGAUGAUAAUUGGACAGUGUUCAGUUUUCACACAUUUUGUGGAGUAUAUUGUUAAAUUAAAAUUUCUAGGCAGUGUUUUGCAGACUUGGUAGACAGUAAAUUACUGUAUGCUGAAAUGUGUUGUCAUGUAAAAGGUAUAUAUGUAGAGUAUCAAAUGUUAAGCUAUUGAUUUGACUUGCUGUUCUUGCUAUCAUAACGUAGAUAUUUAAAAUUACUUAUUGCAUAUGGUGUAGCAAUUUGAACAAUCUUACAUGUGUAUAAUAAGGGACAUUACUUUGUAAUAGUUUUCUAACUUGAUAUUCCCUGU